CGCAUCAUUUUUCUUUGACAGGGCAAUCAGGGUAUGUUGAUUGCAAGUCCCAAAGAGCUGCAAGUAUCCAUUGUUGAUUAUGUUGUGGUGUUUGAAGGAACGAAGAAAUAUCAUGUCGCUAUUGCUGAUGUUGUAAAUCCAUACACACUCUACGUGGUCAUACCAGGUUUGUUUUCAUAAUCUGAUAUUUUGUUGGUGUCUGAACUACACACAUGUGGAACCGCGCAAGUUGUUACAGUUCUACAAACAAGUUGUAGCAAGGCCUUCUUUGUCGAGCCGAUAUAUGGUGCGCAGUGGCAAGGGGCCUCCCUUGUUAGAAGUUCAAGGAGGCUGAGCACCCCGGUUUGGGGGUGUCCCUCUCAAUAUUUUUGCGGAUUGGAUAUUCAUAACCUAUUUGUAACUGUAGUGUUGAAGUGAUGUUAGUAAUGUGUACUUGAUUACUAUGAUCAUUAUCACGUAUGCGUGACUGGACAGUUGAUGUAGCACAGUACGGUAAAUUAGCUUGUUAAAGCUCGUGUUAAAGUACAGUGUAUUAUUUUGAAGAUAUGGCUGUAUAACAACAUCGACAUGUUUACAUGUUUAACUAUGAUAUUUAACUAAAGCGUUCUGGGUAAACUCACAAAUCAGUUAAAUCUUUUCAAGAAAUUGACACGCGCUAGUAGUAGAAGUUCCGCUAAUCGCUAUUCGAAAAACAAAACAUUUAUGGUAAAGUGGAUUUUUUAUAGGGUGGUGCUGGACUUUUCUAAGGAGGUGCUAGACACCACUCCCCUGAACGCCCACGGUAGAUCCGCCCACGUUUAUUAGUAUGGAAAUUGGAAGUAUUGAAACAAACAAUUGAACUUAAUUAAUUCACUUCAUUUCAGAGCAUGAUAUCGCGGAAGAGGUUGUGGUGAAAGUGUAUGUAUGUCAAGAUAACAACCUGAAUAUCCUAACACAUCUCAAGUUCACGUACAUCUCGCAAAUGGAACAUGCCAUUGCGAAGUUUCUAGCUCAUAGUGCCUCGGAUGCGGAGGUCGCUGAAAAGCUUGACGCUUUGUGGACGGUUUGCUUGGGGAAAGAUCACUUGGAACUCUGGGAUAAGAGGCUGGCUCAAGCAUUUGCACAACUGGAAUUGCCUAUUGAGUGGACGUUAGUCGGAGAUAUAUUGCAAAAAGGUACCAUAUAGAUUUUCAACUCGUAGAGAUAGGAAAAACGUUUUUCAUACAAAUACAAUUUCUGACACUUCAGAAAAAGACGGCCGAAAUUCGCUCUCCAACGUGGAGUAAAAUGAUCCACAAUCGGUUAGCCGAACUCCGAAUAUCCGAACGGAUUCAUUUUUGUUCUGCACUAAAACCGCAUAUUGUGGAUUGAUAUUAUCGCAUGAAAAUCUUCUUGUAAUAGAUCAAAUUUUAAUUUAGCCC